GUCCCGAAAGUCUAGCCAUGUCUAGCCGACCCAAUCCAAUCUUGUCUAGCGGCUAUUUGGAAUGGCGGCUUCGUGGGCGAGUUGCACGUUUGCGCAGUUUGUGUGAGUAAUGGCCGCCGACGAACAAGUCGGUUCUCUAGAGGAGCAAGCGUUGAAGCGAAAGGAACGCCUUCGCGCGUUACGCGAGAAGAAAACAGGCGCCAACGACGCCGAAGAAGACGACAAAGCCAAACAACCGGUGCCGGAAUCGUUGCCAAAGCCAGUAUUCAGGUCCUACAGACCCGAGGACGAAGCACUCAAGGAGUCCGUGAUCCCGGACAUCUCUCCGGCUGCCAUCGAAGAAGAGAUCAAGGAGAAGAUCGCCGUCGGCGAUUCGGAAGACCUCGCUAAAGAGGUCGACCUAGCUUCACUCGCUCCGAGGAAGCCUGACUGGGACUUGAAGCGCGACGUAUCCAAAAAGCUGGAGAAACUCGAGAGGCGGACCAAGAGGGCCAUUGCCGAGUUGAUCCGCGAGCGCCUCAGUUCGGGCAAGAGCGGUGCCGAUCUGGCUGCCGCCGUAAACACGGCCAGCGGGCCGCAGAACAUCGAUUCCGACGAGGACUGAUCGAGGUCACGCAUUCAUGGUCAUUCAUCAACUCAGAAAGCGUGCCUACAUUUUGCUUCAUUCAUUCAUUGGCAAGACUCAUCUGCUCUGCACCCUAUACCAGCCUGGC